AUGGAUCCCGGGCAGCAGCCGCCGCCGCCGGCCCCGCAGGGCCCGGGGCAGCCGCCCGCGCCGCCCCCGCCGCAGGGCCAGGGCCCGCCGUCCGGGCCGGGGCAGCCGCCGCCCGCGCCGCCGGGCUCCCAGGCCGCCCCGCAGGCCCCGCCGGCCGGACACCAGAUCGUGCACGUCCGGGGGGACUCGGAGACCGACCUGGAGGCGCUUUUCAACGCCGUCAUGAACCCCAAGACGGCCAACGUGCCCCAGACGGUGCCCAUGAGGCUGCGGAAGCUGCCCGACUCCUUCUUCAAGCCGCCGGAGCCCAAGUCCCACUCCCGACAGGCCAGUACUGAUGCAGGCACUGCAGGAGCCCUGACUCCACAGCAUGUUCGAGCCCAUUCCUCUCCAGCCUCGCUGCAGCUGGGAGCGGUGUCUCCUGGGACCCUGACCCCCACAGGAGUCGUCUCUGGCCCGGCAGCCACCCCCACUGCUCAGCACCUUCGGCAGUCUUCUUUUGAAAUUCCUGAUGAUGUGCCUCUGCCAGCCGGCUGGGAGAUGGCAAAGACGUCUUCUGGUCAGAGAUACUUCUUAAAUCACAUCGAUCAGACAACAACAUGGCAGGAUCCCAGGAAGGCUAUGCUCACCCAGAUAAAUGUCACAGCCCCCACAAGUCCACCAGUGCAGCAGAAUAUGAUGAACUCGGCCUCAGGUACUCUUCCUGAUGGAUGGGAACAAGCCAUGACUCAGGAUGGAGAAAUUUACUAUAUAAACCAUAAGAACAAGACCACCUCUUGGCUAGACCCAAGGCUUGACCCUCGUUUUGCCAUGAACCAGAGAAUCAGUCAAAGUGCUCCAGUGAAGCAGCCACCACCCCUGGCUCCCCAGAGCCCUCAGGGAGGAGUCCUGGGUGGCGGCAGCUCUAACCAGCAGCAACAGAUGCGGCUGCAGCAACUGCAGAUGGAGAAAGAGAGGCUGCGACUGAAGCAGCAAGAACUGCUUCGGCAGGUGAGGCCACAGGCAAUGCGGAAUAUCAAUCCCAGCACAGCAAAUUCUCCAAAAUGUCAGGAAUUAGCUCUCAGGAGCCAGCUACCGACUCUGGAGCCAGAUGGCGGGACUCCGAACCCCGUGUCUUCUCCUGGGAUGUCUCAGGAACUGAGAACAAUGACGACCAAUAGCUCUGAUCCCUUUCUCAACAGUGGCACCUAUCACUCUCGAGAUGAGAGUACAGACAGCGGACUGAGCAUGAGCAGCUACAGUGUCCCUCGAACCCCGGAUGACUUCUUGAACAGUGUUGAUGAAAUGGAUACAGGUGAUACUAUCAACCAAAGCACGCUGCCCUCACAACAGAAUCGUUUUCCAGACUACCUUGAAGCCAUUCCUGGGACAAAUGUGGACCUUGGAACACUGGAGGGAGAUGGAAUGAACAUAGAAGGAGAGGAAUUGAUGCCAAGUCUGCAGGAAGCUCUGAGUUCUGACAUCCUUAAUGACAUGGAGUCCGUGUUGGCUGCCACCAAGCUAGAUAAAGAAAGCUUCCUUACAUGGUUAUAG